AUGUUAUGUAAGCUGAAUGCUUUUCUUCAGGUGGAGCUACGCACACAAGCCUUUGGGGCGCGUCAUCUUAUUGUGAGCGCCGUCGUUUGGCUCGUCAAUCAGACUGGAUUACCUCUGGUAUUCACACAAUUGGCACAUGCUUCUCCAGUAUAUAUUAGCAAGGGUCUCCUUUCUUCAACAUCGCCUCCUCGGCAAACCGGUGCAUCUGCUUUCGACUCUACUUUUAAUGCCUUUUCUUCCAAUUCUGCUGUCAAUGGUGAAACAAUUCAAGCUCACAUGGCCACUUUAGCGGCUGGACAGCAGAUUGAGCAUGAAAUGGCUCGCUUAGUGUCGCCACUCCUUUACUCUGUCGCCAGCCGAACUGAAAAAAUGCAGGUUCACGUUCGGAUCGGCUGCGGGUAA